GGUGGCAGAGGGCUUGAUUCGCAGAUCCCGGUCUAAGAAGUCUAGAUUGGAUGGUGAGAGGAAUGGCGGCCGGCGUCGGACGGCGCCAAAGGAGGCGAGGACCGUGCACGCGCGUCAACCUUCUCAAGUGCGACCGCGUCCUCCCGAGCCCGACCUCGCGCCGCUCCUCCUCCCGAGCGCCUCGAGCUCAUCUAUUACGUCCGACGCCCGAGCUCGACCGUCCUGCGCCGGCGGCUCUUGGCCGGCAAAGGCGUGAGCGCGCCGCCGACGCACUCGGUGCCUGCGGCGACCUGCCUGAGAGGGACGCACCCGCCCGCCGGCGAGCACAGCGAAAAGGUCGUAUCGCGCACCCUCGCUCGUCGACACGGUGCGGCCUGCCGCCUAUCCGCGGCACGGCCUCACCGCCGCAGCAAGGCGCGUGCCGAACGCCCGUUCCAGCCGCGCCGCUGCCCGUCCCUCUCGACCAAGCCCAUCUCUGGUCGUCCACCAUCGAGGCCGCGAGCCCUAGAGCUUCUUUGCUCGAGCCGAUGACCUGAAAGGCAGCGGUCCGAGAGAGAACGCCAACAACGAGACGGAACCCUUCAGGCUCGCCGACGAAGGCCGUCUCCGUUGCGCCGCCAGCGAGCUGCCACCCGCUCUGCCGCCCGUCUGAGCAGGACUCGACGAGCUCGCGCAGCUGCACGUGGGUCCAGCGCCGAUGACGAGGCGGUUGCAGAAGUGGGCGAAGGAGGCGCGGCGUGGGUGGACGAGCGCAGGCUGGACAGGGAUCGCUCGUCCGAGUGCCCCGCGGCCGGCGAGCUGUGCCGAGCUGUAGCACGAGCCAGGUGGCCUCAGUCGAGCAC